AUACAACGGUGUCUUUCCCUCACCCCGAACGUCGAAGUCCUUGCAAUUCAUCUACCACGCCCCACUCCACCCACCAUCUUAUCUGGAAUAUUGCUACCCAAGCUCGCCGUGUUCACUACUUCGCUCCCUCACCGAUGCAUCGCCUCCUUCCUCCUCUACAAUCUGUCUAUCACCGCGCUGUCCAUUCAAGCCUGCGGACUCAGCCUCAACUGUCCCCUUCGAAGACUGGACUUACGGCAUAUCACAGAUAUUCACGGUCCCGCUCGCUGUGUAACGCACGUCGCGGACGGUCAAGUCCGCCGUGCCACUGUCAACCUCACCCGUCUUGCGUCUUCCGUCUCCGUCGCCGUUCAAGCCUUGGCCACAUCCCCACUUCACUGCCUCGUCAUCGACUUCUUCUCACACGACUACAACAUCUUGACGAAGGUUGCAACCUCCGUACCCAACGUCAAGGCGCUGAGGCUGAUUGAAAAACCAGGUGCCCAGGACAGAGAUCAUAUCGGACCAUGGCAUCAUCUCUCUGAAUGGCACCAAGCCCUUCUUCGCCUCUCCAACCUGGAAGAGAUCGAGCUGCAAACUGUGAACAAUAUCAAAGUCCCAUCCAAUUACUCCCUUCCGAAGCUGGCAAGUGUGUGGGCCAAUGGCUUGAAACCGCAUCAAACCCGUCAUCCGACGCUCUUUCACAUCACGGUGUGGGCGGCAGGGGGUCGGAGUCACUGGUUCAAGCAUAGUAACGGGGAGUGGGGGACUCCGUUGUGA